AUGCACAUGAGCCACGAGGGCCUCGGCUUCCUGGAGGCGGCGCGCCGCAUCUGGAGGCAGGAGGGCCUGGCGGGCUUCUUCGCCGGCGCCUCCCCGUACGGGCUGCGGGUGGCGCUCGUGGAGCGGCGGCCGCCCACCGCCCACGAGCUCCGCGCCGGGCUGCUCUUCUCGGUGGGCGGGCUGCGGCUCCCGGCCGCCUUCGCGGGCGCGGGCUGGUCCGUGCCGCACCUGUCGGGCGGCCAGCCGGACCUGAGGCUCACCUGGUCGGGCGCGUUCGCGUCCGGCUUCCUCGGCGCGGCCUUCUCCUGCCCCUCCGAGACGCUGAUGCGCCAGAGCAUCUUCUCCCACGCGGACUACGUCAGGGGCCGCGAGAGGCACUCGAGGUUCGCGGAGCAGCCGAGGUACAAGCAGGUCCUCCUGAGGUCCGUGGCGCUCGACCCGGUCCGCCCUGAGCGGUACGCUGCACCGGCGGCGCUCGCCGCCUCGUCCGACGCCCGCGCCCUCUUCAGGGGCUGGCCAGUGCACUGCACGGGCUUCGGGAUGUUCUUCGCCAGCUUCUGCUGCGUCUACGAGUGGCGCACCGGCCAGCAGCCCAGCAGCAGCUGGGUUGGUGGCACAUCGCGUGGCACCACGUGCUGCAGAGCGGGUCGCUCGCGAUCCUGGCGGGCUCGUGCGCGAUGCUUCCGUUUGACGCCCUGA